GAUGACGCUAGGAUGAGUUCGUCUCCCAUCUACGUGCAUUGCAAGGCAGGCAAGAGUCGAAGCGUGAUGGUUGUAAUGGCUUAUCUCAUUCACGCCAAUAGAUGGCCUUUACAACGGAGUUAUUCCUUUGUCGUCGACCGAAGGCGGUCAGUCAGCCCCAAC